AUGUCACUGACUGACCAUCCAAGGGCAUAUGGCACGGCUGCCGUGGCCUUUGCCUUCUCAGCCGGCAUACUGGUGACACUCGGUUUCAAGGACUUUUACCCGGAUCUGGAGCAACGAUAUCAGCGCAAGCGACGAUCAGCAACCAGAACGACCAGCAAGAACGGCAGCGGCAACAAGGACUCGGCGCAGGAACGUCCGUUGCGCCGCUACAGCAGCAGCUGGUGGGGUGGCGCCCCGGUGCAGCUGGAGGACCACGACGACGAGACCGACGAGGCGGCGCAGGCCCGGGCACCACCGCUGUCGGAGGGCAUAGACUCGUGCAUCGGCAACACGCCGCUCAUCAAGAUCCACUCCCUCUCGCAGGCGACGGGCCGCAAUGUGCUUGCCAAGGCCGAGUUCCUCAACGGGGCGGGAAACAGCCCCAAGGACCGCGUGGCGCUCAACAUGAUUGACGAGGCCGAGUCGCAGGGUCUGCUCGUGCCCGGCAGGGGGGACACCAUCUACGAGGGCACGGUCGGCAGCACCGGUAUAUCGCUCGCGACGCUGGCGCGGGCCAGGGGCUACCGCGCGCACAUCUGCAUGCCGGACGACCAGAGCCACGAGAAGUCGGACCUGCUGUUGACGCUGGGGGCGGCGGUGGAGCGGGUGGCGGUCGCACCCAUCACCAGCCCGGACCACUUCGUCAACCUGGCGCGGCGGAGGGCCGAGGAGCACGAGCGCGCCCACGCCGACGGCAGCCGCGGCUUCUUCGCCAACCAGUUCGAGUCGGCCGCCAACUGGCGCGCGCACCUGCGCACGACGGGGCCCGAGAUCUACGCGCAGACGGGCGGCCGCCUGGACGCCUUCGUCGCCGGCGCCGGCACGGGCGGCACCAUAUCCGGCGUGGCCCGCUACCUCAAGGACGAGGCCGCGCUGCGCGACCGCCUCCGCGUCGUCCUCGCCGACCCCCAGGGCAGCGGGCUCUACCACAAGGUCAAGCACGGCGUCAUGUACUCCCCCACCGAGAGGGAGGGCACCCGCCGCCGCCAGCAGGUCGACUCCAUGGUCGAGGGCAUCGGCAUCAACCGCGUCACGGAGAACUUCGAGGCCGGGAGGGACAUGGUCGACGACGCCGUCAAGGUCUCCGACGCCCAGGCCUGCCGCAUGGCCCGCUGGCUCGUCGAGAAUGACGGCAUCUUCGUCGGCAGCAGCUCCUCGGUCAACUGCGUCGCCGCCGUCGUCACAGCCAUGUCCCUGCCUCCCGGCAGCACCGUCGUCACCAUCCUGUGCGACUCGGGCGCUAGGCAUCUGUCCAAGUUCUGGAAGAAUAUCAAGGACAUGGGUCCUCAGGACGCCGGAAAGUCCGAGGAUCUGUUUUCCGAGCUUGGCAUAACCCGGGCGUGA